AGAGAAACGCAGUCACUCCUCUUAUGAGCUUUACCCUUAGAAAUCCCUCCUUUUCUCUCCUCUUGGCCCCUUAGUUCUCCUCCUCUCCUCUAAAAUCUCGAUUCGGAUCAAAUUUUCUUCGAUUCGAUUUCUGAAAGAUGACGGAGGCGUUGAAGAAGAGGAAGCGAAGCGAAGAAGAUGUCACUGAGCUCCUUCAAAGGUAUAAUGCUCCAGCAAUUCUCUCUCUGCUUCAGGAGGUGUCUGAGUAUACCACUAAGCAUUCUGAUUGUGUGAAAAUAGAUUGGAAUGCACUUGUUAAGACUACCUCCACAGGGAUCUCCAGUGCUCGAGAGUAUCAAAUGCUUUGGCGUCAUUUGGCCUACCAUAACCCUUUGUUGGAAAAAAUAGAAGAUGAAACUGAGCCUUUGGAUGAUGACAGUGAUUUGGAAUUUGAACUAGAAGCUGUUCCUGCUCUCAGUACCGAAGAGUUAGCAGAGGCUAAAGAAUGUGCGAAGAUCAUACUCUCUUCGGGUUCUCCACUUAUCUGCGGUUCUACACUUCGUCCAGCUGCAGAAACUUCUUCGAAUGCAGACACACCUAAUGAACAGGCAUUGCUUGAUCAUUCGGAGAAAUUGCCUGGUUCAACUAGUGGAGGGCACACAGUGCUUCCUGCUUCAAACCAGAAAUCAUCUUUAUCGAUAGGACCAUCUGUUGAGGGGUUGGAUGCAAAUGGAGCAGGAAGUUCAGGUUUGCCUGCUAAAAAGAAAAGGCAGUUGUGGACCAAAGAGGAAGAUAUGGAACUAAUAGCUGCUGUACAGAAAUGUGGUGAAGGGAAUUGGGCAAACAUUCUGAAGGGAGAUUUCAAGCACAACAGGACUGCUUCCCAGCUCUCUCAGAGAUGGGCUCUCAUUCGGAAGCGCCUUGGCACUUCAAACACAAGCAAUGGCAACAAAACUAAUAGUUCAACCCGAUCUGAGGAGAGGUUGGCAGCACAAAAAGCAUUUUCCUUGGCUGUGGAUAUGCCUAUGACUGGGGGCAUAUCAUCAAUAUUUUCAGGUUCCACACAAGUGGGCAAUUCUUCCACCUCAUCAGCUGCAACCUCACAAGCAUCCCGGGCCUGUGCUGCCCAAUCACUAAACCAAUCCCAAGAUAAAGGAACCUCAAGCCUUUUGCUUAAGGCUCGACCACCACCUAUGAAGAAACCCGGAAUCCCCGGAAAGCCUUUGGUGGGCCCCAAUCCCCUAAUCCAAGCAGCUGCCUUUGCUGCAGGGGGUCGCAUCGCCAAUCCAUCCACUGCCGCUUCAUUGUUCAAGGCUGCUCAAUCUAAAAAUGCAGUUCAUAUUAGACCCGGAAUAGGUUCUCUACCGAUGUCGUCGGCCAUGGCAAGUAAACCUUCUUCCAUUAGCAACAGUUCAGCACCACAGUCUACACUAAAUCCUAUACCAGCUCGACCUGCGAGUUUUGGUACAACUCUAAGUUCACAGAGGUCCUCUCAGCCUGCAAGUCCUUUAACUAGCUGCACCACAUCAGCAGACUCCAAGAGUGAAGCUGUUCAGGGCCCCAAUUUACUCUGUUACUUCGGUGGAAGAGUUAGCUGA